AAAAAGAUAUCAACUUUUUAAAGCGUUCAUGCAAUCUGCGACAAUCUCAUAUUACCAUUUUUCAUUUGAAGUACAAAGGAUCCACUAUAACCAUACGAAACAUUUCACGUCAGGAAAGAAGUUUCUCAUAUCACAUCUGAACUUGAGGAAGCAAAAUGCCAGGCAAAGUCGCAAGCAGAAGCUCGAGGACAUCGACUUCGGGAGCUCGCAAAUCAUCCACCGCGGAACCAAGUAGUCGAAGAUCAGCUACUUCAAGAGUGACAGCGCCAUAUAUUGAAAUUCCGGAAGAGACCCCAGAGAACGAGCUGCGAACGCAAAUUUCAUCCAUUUUUAGAGAUUCGCAGAGGAAUACCGCAUCGCAUAGAAAAUUAGUUGUCAAUUUGCGCAAGAUACAAGAAGCAUGCUGCUACGAACCUACUAACAAGAAGAGUAAAACCGGUGCGGAGGAUUUCGACGAGGAAGAAUUCACAUAUGAGUUCACAAGAUGUGUUUUGAGAGUGAUGCCGAUUAAAAAGAGUGAGAGUGUUGGAGAAAAGGCAAUUCGAUUCAUUGGUUUAUUCUUGAGGCAUGCUAAUGAGAAGGACAAUGAAAUGACUCCAGCAAAUGAAGAAGAGGAUGGAGUUUUGGUUGAGACACCAAGUACGAGGCUUACGAGUCACCUCAUGUCAACUAUAUUACCUCUUUUGACGGCCAAAGAGAAGUUCGUACGAUUUAGAUCUACACAGCUGAUUUCACAUAUUAUAAACUCGCUCGACUCAAUUGAUGACGAUCUUUUCCAGCAACUCCGACAUGGACUUUUGCGCAGAAUUCACGAUAAAGAAGCGAUGGUGAGAGUGCAAGCUGUCCUGGGUCUAGGCAGAUUGGCUGGGAAUGAAGCAGAAGGGGAUGCGGAUGAGAGCGACGAUGAAUCGUCUGGGGGCUUACUUGUAAAACUAUUAGCAGUCCUACAGAAUGAUCCCAGUGCCGAUGUUCGAAGGUCCCUUUUGAUAAAUCUGCCAAUAUUACCCAAUACGCUUCCAUAUUUGCUAGAGAGGGCCAGAGAUCAAGACCCAGCAACUCGUCGGGCUCUCUAUUCUCGACUUUUACCAGCACUUGGAGAUUUCCGACAUUUGUCACUAUCGAUGCGUGAAAAGUUACUACGAUGGGGUCUUCGCGAUCGAGAUGAGAACGUCCGCAAAGCUGCAGGCAGACUUUUCCGAGAACGUUGGAUUGAGGAUUGUAUGGCUUCAGCGGCAGCAGACACCGUGGAAGGCGAGGUUGUCGAGGAAAAUAAGACACCAAACAUGGAAGCACUUUUAGAGCUUCUUGAGAGAAUUGAUGUUGUUAAUUCCGGGGUGGAAAACGGGGUUGCACUAGAAGCAAUGAAAGGCUUCUGGGAGGGACGACCCGACUUUCGAGAUGCCGUUACAUUUGACGAUUACUUCUGGGACACUUUGUCGGCCGAGUCUGUAUUCAUGGCAAGAAGUUUCAAUGAUUUCUGUCGGAACGAUGGAAGUAGCAAGUAUGAGGCUCUGAUCGAAGAGAAAAUGCCCGAGGUUACGAAACUCGCGUUUUACCUACAGAGGUAUACUGCAGUUCUUGUUGAGGCUUUAAAGAGGACUGCGACACAGGAGGAGAUCACGGAGGACGUGGCGGAAGAGGAAGAUACGGUGGAGCAAGAAUUUAUUGUCGAACAACUACUCCACAUUGCUAGAAGUUUAGACUAUUCAGAUGAAGUUGGACGAAGGAAAAUGUUCACGCUUUUGAGACAGCACCUGGCUAUCCCCGAUCUGCCUGAGGAAGUCACUAAAUUAACUGUGGAAGUUCUUAGGGGAAUUUGCGCCGCAACACCUGCUGGUGAAAAGGAAUUCUGUAGUGUUGUCCUCGAAGCCGUUGCCGACGUUCAUGAUACAGUCAUGGAUGAACAAGAUUUUGAGGAUGCCGAGGAGAGCUUUCAUUCUGCGAGGUCUGACGUUAGUGAUGAUGGAAAACCAACUAGAGGUAAGAAAAAGCCUCCGAUGACAGAAGAAGAAGAGCAAGAAAAAGCGGUCCGCGAGAUUAUGGUUAACAUGAAAUGCUUGCACAUUGUGCAAUGUAUGCUUGAAAAUGUUGAAGGAAGUCUCAAAGAAAACGCAGAUCUUGUAGCCAUGCUCAACAAUCUUGUUGUACCAGCUGUGCGCAGUCACGAAGCACCUGUUCGGGAACGUGGUCUCAUCUGUAUUGGCCUCUGUUCGCUUCUUGACAAAUCUUUGGCUGAGGAGAACCUGGCUCUUUUCAUACACUUCUUCAGCAAAGGCCACUCUGCUCUUCAAAUCACUGCUUUGCAGAUCUUGACCGAUAUGCUUAAUCAGCAUGGUGCUCAACUCCUGGAAUCGAAUCCUGCAAUUUUGACAAAGGUCUACCUCAAGGCUUUGAAAUCCGGUGGCAAAGACCCCGAGGUUCAGGCGGCAGCUACGGUUGCUGUUGCUAAACUCCUGCUGGGACGAGUAAUUACGGAUGCAUUAUCUGCAAUUGAUGACCUCUUGAAGACAUUGGUCGUCCUUUACUUCGAUCCCAGCACAGCUCAAAAUCAGGGUGUCCGUCAAACUUUAACAUAUUUCCUACCGGUCUACUGUUACAGCAGAGCAGAAAAUCAAGACAGAAUGCGUGCAGUGGCGUUAGAUGCAAUGCACAAGCUGUUCGAAACCCAAGACGACGAUGAGGAUGCCGAGGCUGAAAUGGUUGGUCUUGGGACGAUUGGUGCCCAUUUGGUAGAUUGGACUGAUCCCCGGAAAUGCUAUGUCCCUGGAAAUCAAGCCACUUUAUCAGAUGAGGCGCCUAAAAAGGCAGUUAAUGGAGAUGUUCAUCUUGACUUUGCCAUGGACAUUCUGGAAAGAUUGAAUUCCUCUAUGAGACGUAGGUUAAAUCUUUUUUGACCCCCAAUUGUAUUGAAUUUAGACUAACCCCUAAAGUAGUGGAAGAAAAGAAAACACUUACACCCCUCCUCGCCAAACUCCACAUCUCACCAGCCUCAUCCGAGGACAAGCUUCGCGCAACAUACGAAGAAAUAAGCGAGGCCGUUGAGAACAAAAAGUUAGGGCUGGACGCUGCUGGUAGGAAUGCUUUGUUCAAAAUACAUGUCACAAUUGGCAAGAUUGUAAAUGUUCUUGCCGAAAAAGAUGCUGGAGAAGAAAGUGUGUUGAGAGGAGGAAGUGUGAUGAGGGAAAGUGUAAGGGAUGAGAGUGUCCCACCUGGUGCCAGUGUAGGGAGCAGCGGAAACAGAGCUAGCAGUCUCGGUAUGAAAAAGAGUAGAGGGCCCGAGGUGAUAAUGGAGAGAAUAAUCAAAGUGGAGACCGUGGAGGAGGAAAAAAAUGGAAAGGAAGAAGAAAAUGAUGAAAGCGAGGGAACAAUCGUUGCUGAACAAGAGAGAACGAUCGUUCCCUCUAACGAGGAGGAAACAUUACUGGAGCAACAGUUGCAAGAUAGUCUGGUGGAAAGUCUUCUAGAUGAUGAUGGGGAUAUAGAGAUGGGUAUGUAAGCCUUGAGUGUAUAUGAGCAAUGGUCGGCGAUAUUAUGGUUCGGCGUUUGGUUGGGAUCAAUGCGACGGAUUGAUCAACGAAUCUAUGAAUUUAAUGCCCUUAUCAUUAUGGCAACUACACGUUCGAUUUCAGCCCAUUGCUGAAUA